GCGGUGGGUGUGCUCGCAAGCGUGCCGCCAUGUCUGUUACGUUAACAUCUGUGAAGAGAGUUCAAAGUUCUCCAAACCUAUUGGCUGCAGGGCGUGAUUCUCAGUCACCAGACCCAGCUUGGAGAUCUUACAAUGAUCGAAAUCCAGAGACACUGAAUGGAGCUGCCACAUAUUCCUCUCUUACAGCAAAAGGCUUUAGAAGCGUUCGACCAAACCUGCAAGAAAAAAAAUCACCAACCCAGAGCCAGAUCACAGUGAACGGCAACUCUGGUGGGGCUGUGAGUCCAAUGAGUUACUAUCAAAGGCCAUUUUCCCCUUCAGCAUACUCUCUUCCAGCUUCACUCAACUCCAGCAUUAUCAUGCAGCAUGGCAGAUCCCUUGAUUCCACAGAGACAUAUUCCCAGCAUGCUCAGUCUCUGGAUGGCACUAUGGGCAGCUCAAUCCCACUGUAUAGAUCCUCAGAGGAGGAGAAGAGGGUGACAGUCAUCAAAGCCCCGCAUUACCCUGGGAUUGGGCCUGUGGAUGAAUCUGGAAUCCCCACAGCCAUUAGAACCACAGUUGACCGGCCAAAGGACUGGUACAAGACAAUGUUUAAACAAAUUCACAUGGUACACAAGCCAGAUGAUGACACAGACAUGUAUAAUACUCCUUACACAUACAACGCAGGCCUGUACAACUCACCCUACAGUGCUCAGUCACACCCUGCUGCAAAGACCCAGACCUACAGACCUCUUUCCAAAAGCCACUCAGACAAUGGCAGCGAUGCUUUUAAGGAAGCAUCUUCCCCAGUGCCUCCCCCACAUAUCCCACCACGACCAAGAGAUCGAUCUUCAACAGAAAAGCAUGACUGGGAUCCUCCAGACAGAAAAGUGGACACCAGAAAAUUUCGAUCUGAGCCAAGGAGUAUUUUUGAAUAUGAACCUGGGAAGUCAUCAAUUCUCCAGCAUGAAAGACCACCUCCUAAAAAGGCUCUGGACUAUGUUCAAGAUCAUUCUUCUGGUGUUUCCAAUGAGGCCUCCAUAUAUCAGUCCACAGACAGAAGCCUGGAAAGACCCAGUAGUUCUGCAAGCAUGGCCAGUGAUUUUAGGAAACGGAGGAAGAGUGAACCUGCAGUGGGUCCACCCAGGGGCUUGGGCGAUCAGAGUGCAAGCAGAACCAGCCCUGGUCAGGCAGACCUCCCAGGAUCAAGCUCCACCCUUACCAAGUCUUUCAUUAGUUCCUCUCCUUCCUCUCCCUCAAGAGCAAAAGGUGGGGAUGAUAGCAAAGUAUGUCCGUCCCUUUGCAGUUCCUCAGGGCUCAACAGCACCCCCUCCGGUGAGUUAGAGUACUGUAGCGCUUAUAGACAGCAUUUGGAUGUCCCCCGGGACUCUCAAAGGGCCAUCACUUUCAAGAAUGGCUGGCAGAUGGCCCGACAAAACGCGGAGAUCUGGAGCAGCACCGAAGAGACUGUCUCCCCCAAAAUCAAAUCCCGUAGCUGUGACGAUCUCCUGAACGAUGAUUGUGAUAGCUUCCCAGACCCCCAAACCAAGUCAGAAAGUAUGGGUUCCCUAUUGUGUGAAGAGGACGCCAAAGACGGGUCCCCUAUGACGUGGACUUCCCCCUACAUCCAGGAGGUUUGUGGUAACGGCAGAUCUAGGAUCAGGCACAGGUCAGCCCACAACGCCCCAGGGUUCCUCAAAAUGUACAAGAAAAUGCACCGCAUCAACCGCAAGGAUUUGAUGAAUUCGGAGGUGAUUUGCUCUGUGAAAUCCAGAAUAAUGCAGUACGAAAAGGAACAGCAACACAGGGGUCUACUUCAUGGGUGGGGCCAGUCUUCCACUGAGGAGGUGCCCAGGGACAUGGUACCCACGCGCAUUUCCGAAUUUGAAAAACUGAUUCAAAAGUCGAAGUCCAUGCCCAAUCUAGGAGAUGAAAUGUUGUCUCCUGUAACCCUAGAACCCCAACAAAAUGGUUUGUGUCCCAAGAGGCGAUUUUCCAUUGAGUCUUUGCUAGAGGAAGAAACUCAAAGUAGACUCCCUUCUCAGGUUCAGCGAGGCUAUAAGUCUAAAACCCUGGUGCCCAUCCACAUUGAAGUGACCAGCGAGGAGCAACCCAGGACUCAUAUGGAGUUUUCUGACAGUGACCAAGAUGGAGUUGUGUCUGACCACAGUGACUACGUUCAUGUGGAAGGGUCAUCCUUCUGCAGUGAAAGUGAUUUUGACCACUUUUCAUUCACAUCCUCUGAAAGUUUCUAUGGAUCCAGCCACCACCACCACCACCAUCAUCACCACCACCAUCACCGACACCUUGUCAGCUCCUGUAAAGGCCGAUGCCCCGCCUCCUACACUCGAUUUACCACAAUGUUAAAGCAUGAAAGAGCUAGGCAUGAGCAUAUUGACCAACCCAGAAGACAAGAAAUGGACCCAGCCCUGUCUAAACUCGCAUUUCUAGUCAGCCCCGUGCCUUUCCGGAGGAAAAAACAUUUGACUCCCAAAAAACAGACUGAAAAGGCAAAAUGCAAAGCCUCUGUAGUUGAGGCUCUGGACUCUGCCCUGAAAGACAUCUGUGACCAAAUUAAAGCUGAAAAGAGAAGAGGAAGCCUGCCAGACAACAGUAUACUUCACAGGCUUAUCAGUGAACUGUUGCCAGAUACUCCUGAGAGGAAUUCAUCUCUUCAUGCUCUGAAAAGGAGCCCUAUGCACCAGCCUUUCCACCCACUGCCUCAAGAUGGUGCUAUUCACUGUCCACUGUACCAAAAUGAUUGUGGGAGAAUGCCUCACAGUGCCUCUUUCCAAGACGUGGACACAACCAACAACUUCCACCCCCAGGACUAUGAUAGUGCCCUGGGGCUCCAAGACCAUGAGUCCCCGAGAAGUUACUCAUCUACCUUGAGCGACUUGGGAAGAAGUGCACCGAGAGAAAGAAGAGGAACUCCAGAAAAAGAGAAACUGCCUGCAAAAGCUGUCUAUGAUUUCAAAGCUCAGACAUCUAAAGAGCUGUCAUUUAAGAAAGGAGAUACUGUCUAUAUCCUCAGGAAAAUAGAUCAAAACUGGUACGAGGGAGAGCAUCAUGGAAGAGUGGGCAUUUUCCCAAUCUCAUACGUAGAGAAACUAACACCUCCAGAAAAAACACAGCCCGCAAGACCACCUCCCCCAGUCCAGCCUGGAGAGAUUGGAGAAGCUAUAGCCAAAUAUAAUUUCAACGCAGACACAAACGUUGAGCUCUCACUAAGAAAGGGUGAUAGAAUUAUUCUUCUUAAAAGAGUUGAUCAAAACUGGUAUGAAGGUAAAGUUCCAGGAACCAACAGGCAAGGCAUCUUCCCUGUUUCCUAUGUAGAAGUCAUCAAGAAGAACCCAAAAGGUGCUGAAGAUUACCCUGACCUUCCAAUACCCCACAGCUACUCUAGUGAUAGAAUUCACAGCCUAAGUUCCAACAAGCCACAGCGUCCUGUGUUCACUCAUGAAAACAUUCAAGGUGGGGGGGAACCGUUUCAGGCUCUGUAUAACUAUACUCCUAGGAAUGAAGAUGAGCUGGAACUCAAAGAAAGUGAUGUCGUUGAUGUGAUGGAGAAGUGUGAUGAUGGAUGGUUUGUGGGAACCUCAAGAAGAACCAAAUUCUUUGGUACUUUUCCGGGAAACUAUGUCAAGAGGCUGUGAAUCACCUUCUUCCUUAUUUACGCCGCAUUUCAGCAACACAUCUACAUAAACUUGCCUAAAACAUCCCAGCAGGCCUGUUGUUGUCAUGCCUUAUGGUUUCCAAUACGCCAUCACCAUCUCCACCUGCUGCCACCAAAUCACCAGCAGAUGGCCUGCUGCCGUGAGCCUUAGGGAGACAUGGCAGACUUGCAUCCACAUAAAUGUUCAGUUUUCUGCUUUCUACCCUAAACUUUGAAACAUCUACAUGUGGGAUCAAAAUGAAAAUCAUCAUACAUUAAAAGAGUGAAAUAGUUGAAGGAGGGAGGGAAGGAAAGAAGGAAGGAAGGAAGGAAGGAAGGAAGGAAGGAAGAAAGAAAGAAAGAAAGAAAGAAAGAAAGAAAGAAAG